CUCAGCGAGUAAAAAUCACGCGCGGUAGCCAAAGCCGAGGACGCAGGGAAAGAGACGAGGAGGAGGAAGAAGAAGAUGAGAGAGACGGUGAAGUUGAUAAGCAUGGAGGGUUUCGAAUUCGUGAUCGACAGGGAAGCGGCCAUGGUUUCACAGACCAUCAGAAGCAUGCUCACUUCUCCAGGUGGGUUUUCGGAGUCGAAAGAUGGCGUGGUGACUUUCCCUGAUAUCAGCACAACAAUUCUAGAGAAGAUCUGUCAGUACUUCUAUUGGUCUCUUCAAUACUCCAGAGGCAAAGAGACUAAGUUCCACAUCGAGCCUGAACUGACCUUGGAGCUGAUGAUGGCUGCUAAUUAUCUUCACACUUGAUGAUUUUUUAAUGCUCACUCUAGUUUUUCUUUGUAACCAUAACACGUCAACUUCCGUUGGGGCUUUUAAUUCUAGCUGAUUGAACAAGACACUACUCACCCGGAGACCCGCUGGGGACUCUAGUGGCCACUGACGGUACACACACCGCGUCUGUUGCGGCUGGAAACACAAUCCCAAACACAAGCUUCUUUUGGCUGGAAAUGGAAGGGUGAGACUUGAGAGGUGCUGAAUCGCUGCUUACCGAGUCUGUGCUGGAGAAGGCAGAGAUGAUAAAAUAUUUGUCUGCGUUCGAUGAUGUCAUUGCUGGCGGUGAAGGCAGAGAUGAUGUCAUAUCUGGCCAUGGUUUUACUUUAUAUUUUCUUAACAGAUUUUUGACUUAAAAAAGAC